UACAACCUCUCUCUAUUUAUAUGCACUCAUCUUUCUUUAUCUUCUCUCUGUUACCACCCUCUCUCUCUCUCCCGUUCCAUCUCUCUCUCUCUCACUGUCUCUCCCGCUCCAUCUCUCUCUCGCCCGCUUCAUCUCUCUCCCUCUCUCUCGCUCCAUCUCUCUCUCUCUCUCCCUCUCUCUCCCGCUCCAUCUCUCUCUCGCCCGCUUCAUCUCUCUCCCUCUCUCUCGCUCCAUCUCUCUCUCUCUCCCUCUCUCUCCCGCUCCAUCUCUCUCUCGCCCGCUUCAUCUCUCUCCCUCUCUCUCUCCCUCUCCCUCUCUCUCCCGCUCCAUCUCUCUCUCCCGUUCCAUCUCUCUCUCUCUCCCUCCCUCAGUCUCUCACCCUUUCCAUCUCCAUCUCUCUCCCGCUCCAUCUCUCUCUCUCAUGGAUCCAUGUCCAUUCGUCCGCUUAAUAGUAGAAUCACUCUCCCUCAAACUUCCCCUCGCCACCAAACAUGCAGGCUCAGGCAUCCACCCCUCCACCACCCCAUGCUUCGGCAAGCUCAAAAUCAACUCCUUCCCAUCCCAAACAUCUCUCAUCCCCCUCUCCGACACUUCAUCUCUCCACUCUCCCGCUUCAUUCCCUGGAUUCCACCUCGACCAACCCACAUUCCAUCGUUUUUCCAACAAGCCCAUCACACUAAAAGUCUCCGUUUACACCGGCCGAAUGGGCAGCUCUUGUGGCCUUGCUAGCGGAAAAUUACUAGGAAGCGUCACUGUUUCUGUUACCCUUAAUGAUGCUGUCUUGAGGCCAGUUGUGUUUCAGAAUGGUUGGAUGAAACUUGGGAGUGAUCUCGGGAAUUCUUCUGCCAAGUUGCAUUUGAUUGUUAGGACCGAACCUGACCCGAGAUUCGUGUUUCAGUUCGGAGGUGAGCCCGAAUGUAGCCCCGUGGUUUUUCAGAUUCAGGGAAAUAUAAGACAGCCUGUUUUUAGCUGCAAGUUCAGUGCUGACCGAAACUCGAGAUCACGGUCACUGCCGUCCAAUUUCACCACCAACACGAGAGUAUGGAUGCGAACAUUCUCAGGAGACAGAGAAAAGCCAGGACGCGAAAGGAAGGGGUGGAUGAUAACGAUCCACGACCUUUCAGGCUCAUCAGUUGCAGCUGCUUCAAUGAUCACUCCAUUUGUUCCCUCCCCAGGGUCUGAUCGUGUCUCACGGUCUAACCCUGGUGCAUGGCUCAUCCUUAAGCCUCAUGGAGUUUCAAUGAAGCCGUGGGGGCGUUUGGAGGCUUGGAGGGAAAGGGGACCGAUUGAUGGACUAGGCUACAAGUUUGAGCUGGUCACUAGCACUGGUAUAGCCAGUGGCAUUCCCAUUGCUCAAGGCACCAUUAGCUUGAAAAAUGGGGGACAAUUUUGCAUCGACACCAAUAGUAAAGAUAAUAAUGCUGCAUCCGCGUCCUCUUUGUUUCCUGAUAUUAGAGGAUUCGUCAUGGGAUCAUCAGUAGAAGGAGAAGGAAAAGUGAGUAAGCCCGUGGUUCAAAUUGGAGUGAAACAUGUAACCUGCAUGACUGAUGCUGCUCUCUUCAUCGCGCUUUCUGCUGCCAUUGAUCUUAGCAUGGAUGCUUGUCGGCUUUUCUCACGGAAGCUAAGGAAGGAGUUUUGGCUCAAUGAUCAUGAUACAUUUUCUUACAACUAAUCGAGCUGCCAGUAUUAUCAUUAAUUUAAAUUCUUGAAUUUCUUCCUUCAAUUCUUUUAUUCCCUCAUAGCUGUGACAACCGUGAAGUUAGCUUAUUUCUUUGGUUUGAGCAUGGAUAUUACUAAGCGACUGCUUUUGCCUCGACUUAUUCUAGAUUUUUCAUUAUAUAAACAGUUUUUAGUUUAAUUUUCAUUUCUUAGAGAACUUAAAGCUUGCAGCUGGUUUGAUUACAUUGAUACUUAGCCACAGGGGAUCUGUUUUUCCAUUUUCUUAUUGUUCGAAAACUAGGUAAGUUAUAUAUGGUUGCUGCAAAUUUGUGUCA